GAGACGGGUGGCUGGCGGCCUCGUCUGAAAGGGACUGGACCAGAGCGGGCGCGUCGCGGUGACUUCCGCUUCUGCGCCGCGGGUCUUCGCGAGUGUGUGCCCGCUGCUCUCUGGGGCCUGUAACCGAGCUCUGUCUACACCGGAAGGGGUGGGCGAAACAAGCUGCUGCAUCCUGCGGGCCGUGUCACCGAGGCUGCGGGACGCUGGUACUACGUCUCCUGAGGCAGAGGGUCAGGCAGCGAGUGCGGCGGACCGAGGGUCGUGGCUGGUCAGAUUCUCGGCCCGCGGGGUCGGAUCAGUCGCCCCCGCAGUUGUCCAAAGACUGUCGCUUGCAGAGAGCGAGUAUCCUGGGCGGCCAGAUUGAGUAAAAUUUAGUGACAUUCCCCUUUAACCCGCGGUAACGUCACCCACACAGCUGACCGAAGACUACCGGAAUAUGGAUCAGAAACUUUCACAGUUGAUAGAGGAGCUCACAACCUCAGGAGAAUCCCAACUCAAUGCUCAGAAAAUGAAGGAGCUGAAGAAAAUUUGCAAGUCUUCAGAGGAGCAGCUGAGCCAUGCCUACCGCCUGCUGAUAACACAGCUGACCCAGGGCCACUCUGAGAUCCGCCUCUCAGCCUUCCAGAUCGUGGAUGAGCUCUUCACCCGCUCUCAUCAGUUCAGAGUGCUGCUUGUUUCUGACUUCCAGGAAUUCCUCGAGCUCACACUGGGCACAGAUAGUGACCGUCCCUUGCCACCCCCUCGGGAGGCAGCUCAGAGGCUAAGGCAGGCAGCCAUGCAAGCUGUGGAAGGUUGGAAUGAGAAGUUUGGGGAGGCCUAUAAGAAGCUAGCCUUGGGCUACCAUUUCCUAAAACACACCAAAAAGGUAGAUUUUCGGGAUAUAAAUGUUAGGACUGUGGCAGAAAGGAAGCGAGAAGAGGAGAAGCAGAAGCACUUGGAUAAAAUCCACAGAGAAAGUGCAGACCGGGCUAAGAGGGAAAUGGAAGAAAUGUCUGAUGAAAUUGGAUGCUGCCUGACAGAAGUGGAGAACUGCUUUAAGCUGCUGGUGCCCUUGGAUUUUGUACCAUACCUAGAGGAUAAAUUCUUUGGUGAGGCAUCUGGCAUAACAGAGGGCCAUGCUCCUUGCACCUUGAACCUGGACCUGGCAACUCCCUGUGAGUCUGGUCUCUCUGGACCCCAGGAUGAAGAGCAGCCAUGCUGUAGCAAGGACCUGGUUGCCUCUGCAUACCAUGUAGGAUCUGUUGUUGGUCUGAAGGCACUACCCCAAGCAGCCAUGAAAGACCCCUCCAGGGACGAGGAGGAACCCAGUGACCCAGAUGAUUUCCUGCGGAGCCAUGGGUUGGGUUCCCACAAGUACACGCUGGAUGUUGAAGUCCCCUCAGAUGGUCUGAAGGUUCAGGAGAAUGAGGACAACCUUGCUGUGCUCCAUGCUGCUCGAGACGCACUCAAACUCAUCCAGAACAAGUUUCUGCCAACUGUGUGCUCCUGGGUCCAGCGGUUUACCCGUGCAGGGACCUACAGUACACAUUUAAAACAGGCCAUUGACCUGAAAAUGGAACUGGAACUUGCUCUGAAGAAGUAUGAAGAACUAAACAUUGAGCCUGGGAGAGGACAAAGGACCAGGACAGAAGCACCGGAGGACAGCGAGGAUGAGGAUCAGGACUUCGUGGAGGUCCCAGAGAAAGAGGGCUAUGAGCCUCGAAUCCCUGACCAUCUACGAGCUGAAUAUGGGCUGGAGCCAAAGGCCCCACUGAAGACUCUGGAGAAAGAUACAGCUGUAUGUAGCUUACAGGAGAGGACCAGGAUGAGAAAGGAAGAGGAGGCCUCAGACCCCACCUCUGCAGCUGCCCAGAUGUUGCGGCUCCAGGACUGCUUGUCAUCUCCCUCUCCCUCCUCUACCAGGGUACUUCCUGGGCCAGAGGAAACUAAGAGGCAAGCAGAGCGAGCCCGAGCACCCAUUGUACCCUUCGGAGUGGAUCUGUGUUACUGGGGCCAGGAGCAGCUAACAGCUGGGAAGAUUCUUAAAUCUGACUCUCAGCACCGCUUCUGGAAGCCCAGUGAGGUGGAGGAAGAGGUGGACAGUGCCCAUGUUUCUGAGAUGCUCCAUAGCCGACACAUUACCUUUUCAGGGACGUUUGAGCCUGUGCAGCACAAGUGCCGGGCCCUGAGGCCUAAUGGCAGGCUCUGCGAGCGCCAGGACCGGCUGAAGUGCCCAUUCCAUGGGAAGAUCAUCCCCAGAGAUGACAAAGGGCAGCCUCUCAACCCAGAAGACAGAGCCCGUGAACAAAGGCAGCAGCUUCAGCAGCAACAGGCACAUCCAGAUUGGCAGGACCCUGAGUUUAUGAAGGACGUGGAAGCAGCCACAGGGGUGGACCUCGGUUCAUCCAGGUAUAGCAAGAAGGGCAAAGGGAAAAAGAAGAAGCACCCCAACCUCACCGACCUGCGUGAGCGUGCCAACACUGCCCGGGCCCGCCUCGAGAAGAAGGUCUUUGCCAAGGCAGCCAUGCAGAGAGUAGUUGCUGCCAUGAACCAGAUGGACCAGAGGAAACACGAGAAGUUUGCAAACCAAUUUAAUUAUGCACUGAAGUAAAAGGGUGUGGGUGUGCUGAAUAUGCUGUGGUCCCCUUUGGCCGUCAGCUUUUAUUCCGUUAGCUUACUAGGAUAGGAAGGAAAAGAGACUUAAAUGUGAGUAGAAUCAGAGCUUGUAUUUUCUGUAUGUAACAGUGGAGUGAUGCAUUAAAAUACUCUCCAGGAGGCCGAGGGAUAUGGAUUAGUGGUGAGGCCAGGGUUUGAUUCCCAACCAUUUUAACCACACAUGUGGUACCACACCUGUAAUUCUAGCACUUGGACAUAAACAGGACCUGAGUCCUCGGCCAGUAUGGAUUACAGAGCAAGACUGCUUGAGAAACAAGAACAAAAAGCCAGAUGAGGUGAUGCACACCUUUAAUCCUUACACUUAGGCAGGGCAGGAAGAUCAGUACAAGUUCAAAGCUAACCUAGUUGCCAGGCAUGGUAGGCACAUCUUUAAUCCCAGCACUCAGAAGGCAAGGCAGGUGGAUCUCUGAGUUUGAGGUCAGCCUGGUCUACAGAGUGAGUUCCAGGACAGCCAGAGAAACAGAGAAACCCUGUCUUUAAAACAAACAGCUAAGCUAGUCUAAGUUGUAAAUUCUAAGUCAGCCAAACUUACAUAAGCAGAGUAUGUCUCUGGGGGAAAAAAAUCCCUUUAGGAUAGCGUACCUGCAUUGGAGUCGGAUAGAGGCAGGCACUCCAUCUGGUUGCAGGUCAGCCCUUGGGCAGUGAGUGUGUCCCUAGUGGUGCUAUGUACUUUAUAACGCCUUCAGCAAUCCACCCUUUCAUGCAUAUGCUGUUUAAUACACAUGUCCAGCUCCUGGCACCACUCUGGAUCAGGUGUGUUGAGCCCUAACUCACAUACCGUGCAGUCACCCAGGUUAUGCACAGUGUAUAAUGAGUGACUCCAUCUGCUUCCAGAACUUCAGUACUCAGACAGACUGCCUGGCCACCUCGAAGCCCUCUUUCUCUUUCCAUGCCUGUGCAUUUAGAGUAACUUUGUCUGCGGCUUUUGUUUUUGUUUUGAGAUGUGGUCUCUUUAUGUAGUUCUGGCAGUCUUAGAGCCUACAGUGUAGACUAGACUGGUCUCCAACUCAGAGAUCCUCCUGCCUCUGCCUCUUCAGGGAUUAAGGGUGAGUAACCCGGCUUCUGGCUGAGUGUGUGGCCUUUUGUUCUGGCUUCUUUGCCUUUGUUUGAAGGUUCUUCGUGUUGUAAUAAUACCAGUCCUUCAGUCCUGUUCCUUACACAUACAGACCACAGCAGAGGACGAGGGAGGUGGCUCAGCAAGUAAAGCACUUGCAUGUAAUCAUGAGGACUGACUUGGAGUCCUCAACAUCCAUAGAAAAGUCAAGUGGUUAUGGUAGUCUGCUUAUAACCCUGCCCUUGGUGAGAGGAGACAGGAUCCCUGGGGCAAACUCAGUAAGGAGACUAGCCAAAAUCAGUGCAUUCUGGAUUCAGCAAGAGACUCCGCCUCUGUAAAUAGAGUGGAGAGCAAUCAAGGGAAACACUCAACUACAACCUCUGGCCUAAAAUAUAAAAAUUCACAUAUGCCCAUAGACAUCUGCCCACACAUAGGCAAACACACAUACACACAAUCACAGUGAAUGGAGUCAUAUUUUGUCAUUGCUGUACCCACCCUCUCAUUUGAGACAUGCCUGUCUGGUAACUCAUUUUGUAGAUCAGGCUGGCCUCCAAUUCAGAGAUCUGCCUGCUUCUGCCUCCCAAGUCCUGGGACUAAAGGCAUGCGCCACCAUGGGCCGUCUCCAUGGAUUUGUUAUUGAUGUUUGGUCUGUUCCUACCUUAGGGCUACCGUGGAUAUCUGUGUUUUUGUGUAUGUGUGAGGAUAACUGUUUUUGUUCAUCACUGAUGCAUCUAGUGACUUCCUUGUGAGGGACUAAACUGUUGAAUGGUGGCCGCACCAUUUACACUCACUCUGCUUCCUGGGGGCUCCAUGCCAUCACUGGUGUCUUUGUUUCUUUUGCUUUUCUGAGAAUUCUAUACAAGAGGACUGUGCUCACAUCCUUUCCACCUCUCCAGCCCUCUCCAGGUUCUCCCAUGCCCUUUUUUCAAUCAUGAUCUCUUCUUUGUCAUCACAUAUGAAGACAGUUGCCGUUAUCUUCAGCAGUCAGUCUCACUGUCACAUUCUGGGAGGCAGCUAAGGGCAACAACAUUCACCUAUAUCAUUUUGAUAGUCUCUUAACUCCCUGGGCACAACUUAGGUUUCCUGUUCAUAUUCAUGGACUUUUGUUAAAUAGUGUCUACUUAAAGAUUUAAAAAA